GCGGACGCUUCUUCAUUAAUACACUGUCCGCUGUUGGUAAACAGGAAGAGGAGCUGGGAAACAGACUACCGAUCACAGACAACAGCAGGAUCGCUGAACAGAUCCGUGCCAGAGACCCACUAUGGUUCAGCGUCAGCUCUGCUCUCUGGAGCAGCUGAGGAUCUCAGAGUUUGGCCGUCCUUUUCCACGACAUGGCCUUCAGCUCCUGUUCUGGUUUGCCAACCACUGUGUGACCUGUGAAGUUAUUAACUUUGUGCUCAUCAUGAAGCUGGUGUCAGACUGUCAUCCAGAGAGAGGUAUCUACGGCUUCCACCUGUUUGGCAAUAUGGAGGAACUUCUGCCUGUCCUGAACAGAAACUGUAAGAGUAAGAGACAGGUUUUGUACUUUGCAGUUGGCAACCUGAACACAGAUACGUACCCAGGGUCUGCCAACCUCCCCACAUAUGUGAGGGAAAAUUAUGUUUGUGAAGGUAACAUUGGUGAUAUCAAUCUAGAUCGCAUUAUCGUCAGUUACCAGUUGCGAACCAGGGUGGUAGAGAGAGUGUAUGUCACGGAGCAUGACAGAGCUGCCUUCGGGAGGUUCAGCACUCACGGGACUUUUGAAAUCCACCCUGAACUGAUUCAAGCCCUGCAGAGCCCACAGGCAGACCUCACCACCUUUCUCUCCCGGACAGGCUACUGGGGAGAUAUACAGGUGGUUCAAGCAAAUGAUAUAGAAGAGAUUUACUACCCAGAACCUUCAGCCCAGCAAAUGUCCAACAUAAUGCAGAACUACAGUGGAUCCACAGCGAGAGCAGAGCGUCGGGGAUUAUCUACAUGUGAGCAAGAUGUUGAUUCAGUCAAGAAGAAAAAAGAAGGUGGUGGCGUCAGCUUUGUCAAGAUUCUCCUCAGUGCUGGAAUGCUCUACUUGGCAGCCAAAUGUUUCGGCUGGCUGAGGAGCUGGGGGAGGCUGGGCCCAGAUGAAAACACUCUCCGGAAAAUUCUAUCACACCAUCAUGUCAUGCUGGAUUAUGUGUACUAGGAAUUUAGGGUAAAGCAUGUAUUAGAGCACUUUACCAUGAACAAGUCUCCUCAGUCAGAAGCAACACAACUCUUUCUGACACUUUAUUAAAGGAAACCUAUCAUGCUAUAUUUAAAUGAUAUAUUGUAGGGCCAUACCUA